CACUAGUCUCCUAGCCUCCGGAGAAUCUGGACUGACUCGCCGGGGAUUGCCGUGAAAAGUUAUCGACAAGCGCAAGCAAUAAGACAGUUAUCGUCGGGGUGACCGGUCUAACGGGUGCUUGACCCUUGCUGACCCUUGCCCUGGUUGGUUCCGCUGGAGCCCGCCAAGAUUCUGCUGAUAACUGCAGUGCCGGCCGCUGGUUGGAGAAGCCAGGAACGGAUCCUGUCACAACCUUAGCAAUCGCCAUCAAUCAUGCAAAGGGGCCAUGUGCUUAUCUGCACCAUCUGGGGAUUGACUUUUAACUCCUUGGCGGUCUCCGCUGUCAGCACGACGAUACUGAGAUAGAUAUAUAAGUCAGGGUCGUGAUGUUCGACUUGCAGGUCGUUGUCACGUAGGACAGGUUGUAUCAACGUCAAUUCCCCCGAAGACUAAUCAACCGAUCGAUCAUGGGCUUCGAGAAAGACGGCUCCAGCCCCGUGCUGAGAAGCACCACCCAGACGAGCGAGAUCGCCAACGGCGCCACUGACAGCUACGGAGAAACGAAACGUGGAUUGAGCCCUCGCCAUGUCCAGCUUAUGGCAAUUGGUGGAUCGAUUGGUACUGGACUCUGGGUCGGUAUUGGCGGCGUCUUGAGCAAAGCCGGUCCGCUGUCUCUGAUCCUGGGCUACACCUUCUGGGGUCUUCUUUUCAUCUGGCCCCUGAACUUGUGCGUGGCUGAGAUGUGCGCCUAUCUCCCGAUUAGGGGCUCCAUUUUCGAGUUGGCCUCGCGCUUUGUCGACCCUGCUCUCGGUUUCGCUAUGGGAUGGACGUACUUCUUCGCUGGUGUAAUGCUGGUGUGCACGGAAUACUCUGCUGUUGCCACCGUGAUGCAGUAUUGGAAUGCGGACAUAAACCCGGCCGUUUGGAUUGCCAUGGCCAUGGUCGUUUGUUUCCUGCUCAACGUGGUCGCUGUAAAAUGGUAUGGCGAGUCCGAGUUCGUCAUGGCGUCUACGAAGGUGUUGCUCCUCUUUGGACUUUGUUUGAUUACCCUAAUCACCAUGUCUGGCGGGAACCCUCGAGGCGAGGCGUACGGUUUCACCAACUGGGGCAAUGGCAACGCAAUGCAUGCCUACUACACUACGGGAUCAAUUGGCCGUUUCCUCGGUUGGUGGGAGGUCGUCAUCUAUGCCGUAUUCACCAUCGCAGGACCCGAUAUGAUUGCACUUGCAGCUGGCGAGAUCCAAAACCCGCGCCGCACCAUCCCGCGUGUUGCCAAGCUGAUCUUCUACCGUCUCGUCGGCUUCUACGUCGUGGGUGUCCUGUGUGUUGGAAUCAUCUGCUCUUCGAGAGACCCUAUGCUUCUCGGCGCCAUCGAGAACAGUGAGCCCGGCGCGGCAGCGUCGCCUUGGGUUGUUGGUAUCAAGAAUCUGGGGAUCUCUGGCUUGCCGGAUCUGAUCAACGCCAUGAUCAUGCUUUCUGGCUGGUCGUGUGGCAAUGCGUACCUCUACUCAUCCUCCAGGACCCUUUACGGGCUUGCCAAAGAUGGCCAAGCACCCAAAUUCUUCGCCAAGUGCACCAAGUCUGGUGUUCCGAUUAAUGCUGUGUGCGCGGUUUCUCUGAUUUCCUGUAUCACUUUCUUAGUCUCCGCGCCAAGCAACUCAGCCGUGGAGGUGUUUUUCUGGUUUGUGGACCUGACGACAACAGCCCUUAUCAUGACUUACACUAUGAUGCUGGUCACAUUCCUGGGCUUCUACCGCGCACGGAACGCUCAGGGUAUGGACCCUGCCUCGCUCCCCUAUCGGGCACCAUGGGCUCCUUACACUACGUACUUUGCACUCCUCCUGGGCGUCUUGGUUCUCUUUUUUGUUGGAUACGACGCGUUUGCGCCGUUUGACGUGAGGAGUUUCAUCACGGCCUACUUUGCCAUUGCCUUUGCGUUCUUCACCUUUGUCAUCUGGAAGGUGCUUAAGCACACUAAGUUGGUGAAAGCCAUCGAUGCCGACUUGAUUAGUGGAAAGAAGGAGAUCGACGAGGAGUGUAGCCACUGGGAGCUAGGCGGAGUUGAAGAAGUCGAGAAGGAGCGGCUGUCGCACAUGAGCUUUACAAGGAGGUGUUGGGAACGCAUGUGGUGAAAACAGGCGCCUUGUUCUUCGGGAAACUUAUUUGCAUAUUUAACAUUGUCAAUAUAUUCAUAUGAGCAUAUCAAUAUUCUGCAGUUUACCUUGGGCAUUUGCGAAUACUGGAAGUUUUCACGCUGGGAAGUGAAGCGCGACAGUCGGUUCAAGUCCGGCGGCGGUUAUAGACUACGCAUACCCACUGCGAAAGUGAUGGGGAAAGAAUUUAGUAGAGUCGGGCGG